AUGCCACACGAUUUGAAAGUAAGAUCUGAUGUAGAGAAAGAGCUUCCAAAUUCACAUGCAGUUCACGGUGGAAAAGGACAGAGAAGAUGUAGAAGAUGCAACAACCAUCGUGGGUUUAAUAGAAUGUGCGAUAUUAAUCUUUGCAGAAGAUGUUUGCAUCAGAAUGCUGAAUUUAUUGGAUUCAAGAUUUACAAUUAA